AAAUCCUUAAAAAAUCCUGAAAUACAUUCAAUUUCAUAGAAUCAUAAGGGAUAACGUCGUGUUCUGCUUCUUUCUAGCUGGAGAUCCUCAAAAUCAAUGAAAGACUGUUUCCAUAGGAUUCUCAGCAAUAAAAUCCAAAAAGAAAUUGUUCAGAAUUUGUCCUCGUUUUCGCAUUCAACAAAGAUAACUGAUAGCUGUAAUGGCAUAUGACGAGAAUAUUUUGAUUUUAUCAAGCAACCAGAUACAUUAAUUUGCUACUUGUUAGGAGUCAUUACUACAGAAGUAAACACAAUUUUCACUCAGUACUGAGUUAUGGGGUCGCUUCUGUUUCCCAAACAUCUUCUUGUUAUGACUCUUUUUUCAUUGUAUAGCAGUUCGAUUGCACAAUAUGAACUGGAAAGGAGUGCUCUAUAUGCUCUCAAGCACAAGUUUAAUGAUCCAUUCCUAAAUGAUAACUGGACUGGGCUUCAGUGCUACGAAAAUAUGGCAUUCUGGUAUGGAAUUCAGUGCAUAAAUGGCCGUGUCACUGCAAUAUUAUUAGAAGGAAGGGGAUUAUCUGGGACAGUAAGUGCUGAUGCAUUUGUUGUGCUUUCUGAAUUGGUUACCCUCAGCUUCAAGAACAAUUCAUUGUCAGGGAAUAUAAUGGAUUUCUCUUCCAAUCUGAAGUUGAAGGAUAUUGUUCUGUCAAAAAACAUGUUUGAUGGACCAAUCCCACGUUCACUUCUUAGUCUUAAUUUCUUGGAGUCAUUGCAGCUUCAGGAGAAUCAUUUGACAGGUACAAUACCAGAAUUCAACCAAUCCAGUUUAACAGCGUUCAAUGUCUCCAACAACAAUAUCAGCGGCCCAAUCCCAGGAACUCACACCCUGAAGUCGUUCAGCGCUGCUUCCUUCUCUAACAAUGGCCCCAAUAUGUGUGAUUCAUCAAAUUCUGGUACCUGCUAUUAUAGUGAAAAUGACACAGCAGGAGACUCCAGAAAGAAAUACGUUUUAACUAUAUUUCUAGUUUUUGAUAUUAUUGGUCUAGUUACUGUGAUUUUGCUCCUAAUUCUUUACUGUAAGAAAUCUAGGCAGCUUAAGAAGCUGAUCGAAAGAUACCGUCUUGAAGAAAAGGAUGAUGAUUUAGAGUUGGAGGAGGGGAGCAAUUCUUACAAGGAAAGUAAAUAUGAAAGCAAUAUUCAUGCAGAGGAGAAGAGAUUGAGUAAUGCAAACGAAGAGAAGGGAAAUCUCAUAUUCAUGGAGGAUGAAGCAGGUUUUGACCUAAACGAUCUGCUGAGGGCUUCUGCAGAAGGGUUAGGUAAAGGGCUUUUUGGCAAUACUUUCAAAGCUAAAAUGGAAGGCAGGCCAACUGUUGUUGUAAAACGCCUGAGGGAUUUGAAACCAUUGAGCAACGAGGAAUUCACCAAGCUAAUACAAAUAAUUGCAGAUCAAAAGCAUCCAAAUUUGCUUCCCUUACUCGCUUACUACUAUUCCAAGGAUGAGAAGUUGUUCGUCUACAGAUAUGCCAAGAAUGGAAACAUCUUCAACCGCCUUCAUGGAGGGAGAGGUACCAGGGACCGGAUUCCUUUCAGAUGGAGCUCUAGAUUAUCUGUUGCUCGAGGCGUGGCAGGAGCCCUGGAAUAUCUUCAUCUCAAUCCCAACGCUUCCCAUUGCCCUGUUCCUCACGGAAACCUGAAAUUGUCAAACAUUCUCCUUGACGAGAACGACAAGGUUCUUGUUUCCGAUUAUGGUCUCACUUCCCUCAUAGCCCUUCCUAUCGCCGCUCAACGUAUUGUCUCAUUCAAGUCACCAGAGUACCAGAACUCGAAAAGGGUUUCAAGGAAGUCCGACGUCUGGAGUUACGGCUGCCUUCUUCUGGAACUAUUAACAGGAAGACUCUCAGCUCACUCAGCUCCUCCAGGCAUCAAUGGAGUGGAUCUUUGUAGCUGGGUUCACCGAGCCGUUAGAGAAGAAUGGACAGCUGAGAUAUUUGAUAUGGAGAUAUCGGUGCAGAGAAGUGCUGCUCCUGGAAUGCUGAAGCUACUACAGAUUGCUAUCCGCUGCUGUGAUAAGGUCCCGGAGAAGCGGCCUGAAAUGACGGAAAUUGUGAGAGAGAUAGAUAACAUAAAGGCUGUUGAAUCAGAUGAUGAAGAGGAAUUGUCUGCGGAUCAAUCAUUAACAGACGAGUCUUACUCCACAAAUGCUUCCUCAGUGAUGGUAGUUGGCGGUGGAAGAAGUCGGUUGAAACAGUAG